GUUUGAAAAGAAGUGGCAAAAGCUGCAGGCUGCGUUGGGUUAAUUACCUGCAACCUGGCCUCAAAAGGGACAAGAUCACUCCUCAUGAGGAGACACUUCUUCUUCACCUUCACUCCAAAUGGGGAAAUAGAUGGUCAAGAAUUGCACGGAAACUGCCCGGCCGCACUGAUAACGAGAUCAAGAACUACUGGAGGAGCCACAUGAGAAAAAUGGGUCAAGAGAAAAAGAAGGCUCAAUCAUCCAACUCAUCAUCCUCAGAGAGUGCGGACGUCAAACGGGCUUCCAAUGGGCUCAGUUUGGGUUUGGGCUUGGGAGUUGAAGAAAGCGUGGAAGCUUACUCCAUGGAAGAAAUAUGGAAAGACAUCGAGUUGUCCGAGGGGAGCAGCAAGCCGGGUGGUGGUGCCACGUGGGAUUUUUGUGGGGCCGAGUCAUUGUGGUCCGUUGAUGAUGAGGACCACAGCCGGAUGCUGAUGCAGCAAAUGGGUGAUUACUAUUAUUCUUUCCCUUUUACCACUCAUAUAUAUGACCCUACGACCAAAUAG